CGUAGUUUUUUUUUUUUUUGAAUCGCCAGUUCAAACGUUGAAAUAUGGCAGGCCUGGAGUUAUUGUCAGAUCAAGGAUAUCGUCUUGAUGGAAGAAAAGCUGCUGAACUGCGGAAAGUACAAGCUCGUAUGGGUGUAUUUGCCCAAGCUGACGGGUCUGCUUACAUAGAACAGGGAAAUACCAAAGCGCUGGCAGUUGUGUAUGGUCCUCAUGAAGUGCGAGGCUCCCGCAGCAAGACCCUCCAUGACCGUGCUGUCAUCAACUGCCAAUACAGCAUGGCUACCUUCAGUACAGCGGAGAGGAAGAGAAGACCCCACGGGGAUCGCAAGUCCACAGAGAUGAGCCUUCACCUCAAGCAGACUUUCGAGGCAGCAGUGUUGACUAAUCUGUACCCACGCUCUCAAAUAGACAUUUAUGUCAAGAUCUUGCAGUCAGAUGGAGGGAACUACAGCGCGUGUGUGAACGCCGCUACUCUGGCAGUAGUCGAUGCGGGCAUCCCCAUGCGUGACUAUGUGUGUGCCUGCACUGCAGGCUUUGUGGAUGAGACCCCAUUGGCAGACCUGUGCCAUGCUGAAGAGAGUGGAGGGGGCACAUCACUGGCCCUGGCAUUGUUGCCUCGUGGCGGGCACAUUGCCCUGCUACAGAUGGACGCCCGACUCCACCAGGACCACCUAGAGACACUGAUGGAGGCGGCAAUGACGGCCUGUAAGGGCGUCAGCAAAGUGUUGGACGAGGUGGUGAGGCAGCAUCUACAGGAGGUGUCUGCGCUGACUGGAGAGUGAUGUAUCUUGGACUUUGGGGUAGAUUGGUCUGAGUGAAAGGCAGGGUAAGGUAGAGGAACAAACUUUUGUUUAUUUUUUAUUGUGCAAUGGUGUUAUGCUUUUGUAUGAAAUGCUUUAUUAAAAAAUGAAAUCUAAACCCA